AUGAAAUUAUCAAUUUUAGCUUAUAAUUUGAUAGUGGCAGUAGCUGUGGCUGGUGUGGUGCAGCUAGACAGCAGCUCAUUCAACCAAGCCAUUCUAUCCAACGAUUAUUCAACUUCAUUCGUCGCUUUCACUGCUCCGUGGUGUGGACACUGCCAGAGACUACACGCACCCCUAAACCAGGCUGCAAAUAGCUUGGAUGGCUUAGUCUCUUUUUACAACGUGAACUGCGACGACUCAAAAAACUCAAACAUUUGCUCAAAAUACAAUGUGAAAGGGUUCCCCACGCUGAAAAUGUUCAAUCGCGGAUCUAAAUCACCCCCAAAAGACUACAACGGUGAGCGUACUUCUGCGGCUAUAUCGGAGUGGGCGGGGAGAGAAAUGAGGAAUGUGGUUAGUCGAUUGGGUGACUACGGUGCUCUCCAAUCGUGGCUCAAUAAGGACACACACUCCCCCCACAUACUCGUAUACACUGCCAAAUCAUCCACACCCACUCUCCUUAAAGCUUUAGGUCUGAAAUUCCCAGGUGCUAAAUUUGGAGUGAUGAAGUCCACAUCACGUAAUGCUGAAGUUAAGGAUGCUUUAGGGUUAGGUGAGAAUGAUAUACCCGCCCUAUUCGUAAUCACAGAUGGCUCUAUUGAGAAUGCUGAAAGAUAUCAAGGCAAAUUGAAAUAUAAACCACUUAACCAAUACCUACAACAAACACUGCCAUCUCAAUCGAAAACACCUCUUUCAAACGACUCAAAGAAGCCUAGAACUGAGUUGUGA